AUGGCGCACAACAAGCAACUGGCAGAAUACAUAGCAAAGUCAAUGAAGCCAUUCUCCAUGGUUGAAGACCCUGCAUUCAUAGAUUUUAUGCGGUUCUGUGUUCCGAAAUGGAACAUUCCGAGCAGGGGCUAUUUUGCAAACUCGGCCAUCCCAGCGCUGGAGACUGUCAUUGCAGAGGCUUUAAAGGUACAACUUAAAGAGUGCGUGGGGGAAGUCCACCUGACAACCGACAUUUGGUCGAGCCGCCAAGUCAAUGACUUUAUGUCUGUGACGGCACACUGGAUAGCUCCAGACUCCAAAGGAUCCCUGACCAGAAACAAUGCCGUCCUCGACAUGUCCGGGUUUGGACAGCAGCAUACGGCGUACAACAUCGGCAAGAAGCUCGGGGAUGUCAUAGAGACAUGGCUAGUUCCUUUGGGGGUGAAAGUGGGCAUUGUAACAAGCGACAAUGCACAAAAUGUGGUGAAAGCACUGAACGACAGAGGGAUGAAGCGCGCACCAUGCAUGCCCCACUGCCUUAACUUGGUAGUAAAAGCAUCGCUGACCAAGUCUGGUGCAGAGCUGGAGGAGACUCUCAAGGCAGCACGUGCCAUUGUUGGCCAUUUCCGACACUCUGCGAGUGCUCAGAGGCAACUGGAAGCUAUCCAACUUCGUUACGGCCUGCCAGUUCACAAGCUUCUGCAAGAUGUUCCCACCAGAUGGAACAGCACAUUCUACAUGGUUGAGAGACUCUCUGAGCAGCGGAGAGCUGUCAGCGAGUUCUUCGAAGACAGCACGAAGCACUACCUUGCGCCACGGCAAUGGGCUCUGCUCAAGGCCAUGGCAACUGUUUUGAAGCCGUUUGAGGAGGCAACACGCCUCCUCUGCAUGGACACGUCGACGCUGGGACAAGUGUUGCCCCUCCUCACAUUCAUCGAGAGAACAGUCACCCACACUAUGACAGGUGCAGAGCUGGACACCCCGGUCUUCUGCCUUGCGUCAUGUCUGCUCAAUGAACUGAGCCUCAGUCGACUUUUGAAUGCUGUGAAGACAGAUGUUCAGUACUGGGCUGCUACCCUACUGGAUCCUCGUUUCAGGGACACACUUUCCACUCACACAAGCGAAGAGGCCUCUGCAUCCCCAAAAUUGGAAAUUGUGCGAAGCUACCUACAGCAGAGACUCCAGGAUGUCCAUAGCCAGGCAUGCAAGGACAAGAGUGUGGCUGAAUCAUCACCCCAGAGCGCCCCCAGCACCUCCUCAGGCAGCUCACCACCCAGUGAUUUUCACUCAUGGUAUACGACAUCGAGCACAACAACUCCCAGGCCACGACAGGAAAGGCGGCAAACCAUAACGGUCGUCAAGGCGCAACUUGAUGCCUUCCUGGAAGACGAGGGAGUGGAAUGCUACAACUCGCAGAGCAAUCCCACCGUCUACUGGGAGAAAAAGCGGUACCUGUGGCCUGACCUGUACACCGUAGCUGUUGGAUACCUUGCCUGCCCUCCAACCAGUGUGUACUCCGAGAGGGUAUUCAGCACUGCAGGAGCCAUCGUGACCGACAGAAGGAACCGUCUCACACCGAAGAAUGUGGCCACCCUCAGUUUCAUUCGCAUGAACAGGGAAUGGAUCCCCAACAUUCUGCCUGCAAGAGUAGCCAACAGCCUCAGCAGUGCAGCAGAGACAGCACAGGCCAGUGCAGCUGAGGAGGAACUGUCUGAACCGGAAGAAGAGCCUUUUCUGGAAAAGAUGAUAUUUGAGAGUGGCGACUGCUAA